AAACAGAAAGCAAAACAAAAGGGAAAAAACAAAGAAAAAAAAAAGCAAAUCCUGUGUGCUUUGGGGACUGCAAGUGCAAGCUUGCUCGCAACUCUCAAAGCUCUCUCUCCCACACUCUUAAAAAAAGAAGGAAAUUCCUUCUCUCAAUUCUCCUUAUUACUCAUUUCCCCAUAUCCACAUGCUCUUCCAUUCCCUUUACUGCACUUCUCAUCAUCACCACCACCACCACCAUCUCUCUUCUUCUUCCUCUUUCUUUCUUCUCACCUUCUUCUUCACUUCUUUUCUUCAUCUUGGUUUCCCUUUAUUUCAACUUUUGACUGAGUAAAUUACCCGGACCACAUCGAAGAUGAUCACCGGAACAGAUUUCUACCAUGUCAUGACGGCAAUGGUGCCACUUUACGUGGCCAUGAUUCUCGCUUACGGCUCUGUUAAGUGGUGGAAGAUCUUCACUCCUGACCAGUGUUCUGGUAUCAACCGUUUUGUCGCUCUCUUUGCCGUUCCUCUUCUCUCUUUCCACUUCAUUGCCGGCAAUGAUCCUUACACCAUGAACUUCCGCUUCAUAGCUGCUGAUACUCUCCAAAAGGUUAUUGUCCUCGUGGUUCUUGCUCUCUGGACUAAGCUCAGCAAAAGGGGUUGUCUAGAAUGGACCAUUACUCUCUUUUCACUUUCCACUCUCCCAAACACUUUGGUCAUGGGCAUCCCUCUGCUUAAAGGGAUGUACGGCGAGUUCUCCGGCAGCUUGAUGGUUCAAAUCGUUGUUCUUCAGUGCAUUAUCUGGUACACUUUAAUGCUUUUCAUGUUUGAAUACAGAGGUGCCAAAUUGCUCAUCUCCGAGCAGUUUCCGGACACUGCCGGCUCCAUUGUCUCCAUCAAUGUCGAGUCCGAUAUCGUCUCGCUUGACGGACGGCAGCCGCUGGAGACGGAAGCUGAGAUUAAAGAAGAUGGAAAGCUACAUAUCACUGUUCGAAAAUCCAAUGCGUCGAGAUCAGAUAUCUUCUCCAGAAGGUCUCAAGGGUUAUCAACAACUCCGCGUCCCUCAAACUUAACCAAUGCGGAGAUUUACUCUCUGCAAUCGUCGAGGAACCCGACGCCGAGAGGUUCCAGCUUCAACCACACUGAUUUUUACUCGAUGAUGGCUGGUGGGCGCAACUCUAACUUCGGCGCCAACGAUGUUUAUGGACUAUCGGCGUCGCGAGGGCCGACGCCGAGGCCGUCUAAUUACGAGGAAGAUGGUGCAGCCGGUGGCAAGCCGAGGUUUCAUUACCACGGGUCCGGUGGUGCGGCUCAUUAUCCGGCGCCGAACCCGGGGAUGUUCUCGCCAACUGGGUCUAAAGGUGUUGGAGCUAACGCUAGUGCGAAGAAGCCUAAUGGACAGGCGCAGCAGAAGCAAGAAGAUGGAGGUAGGGAUCUUCACAUGUUUGUUUGGAGCUCUAGUGCUUCU